AUGACGGGCGAGGCGGGCGAGGCGCUGGCCCACGGCCUCCCGAGCCAGCCCAAGGCCCCCGACGGCGCGCCCCCGCCGCCCGCCGCGGCCCCCCCGGGGGCCAAGCCCGCCUCGGCCCCCGCGGCGCCCCGCUGCACCGGCUUCGGCAUCCAGGAGCUGCUGGGCUUGGACAAGGAGCCGCCGCCGCCCCACCCGCGCGCCGCCCGCGACGCCCUGCCCGCCGGACACCUGCUGGCCGCCCGCUCCGUCCUGGGCCCCGCCGGCGUGGGCGGCGUGGGCGGCGUGGGCAUGGGCCUGCUGAGCGCCGGCGGCCUGCCCGCCUUCUACGCCCAGCCCACCUUCCUGGAGGUGCUGGCCGAGCCGCCCGGCGUCCACCUGCAGCCGCUGCCCCGGGGCCCCCAGCACCUCGACCACAGCCAGACGGCCAGCUCAGAUUCCGAGGAUGUCUCCUCCAGCGACAGAAAGAUGUCCAAAUCCUCCUUGAACCAGAGCAAGAAGCGGAAGAAGAGGCGGCACAGGACAAUAUUCACAUCCUAUCAACUGGAGGAGUUGGAAAAAGCCUUCAAUGAAGCCCAUUAUCCUGACGUCUAUGCGAGAGAGAUGCUGGCUAUGAAAACAGAACUUCCUGAAGACAGGAUACAGGUUUGGUUUCAGAAUCGAAGAGCCAAAUGGCGGAAGAGGGAGAAAUGCUGGGGCAGGAGCAGCGUAAUGGCAGAAUACGGGCUGUAUGGUGCAAUGGUACGUCACUCCAUCCCACUGCCAGAGUCCAUCCUCAAGUCGGCCAAGGAUGGCAUAAUGGAAUCCUGCGCUCCUUGGCUGUUGGUUCAAGAUGGCUUUCCCAUGCCCAGGCGCUUUUCUAAACCCGAAUACCAACAAUUCUUUUUAGGGAUGCACAAAAAAUCUCUGGAGGCAGCGGCUGAGGCGGGGAGGAAGCCAGAGGUGGAGCGCCAGGCCCUGCCCAAGCUUGACAAGAGUGACAAGGAAGAAAGGGGCCCAGAUUCCAAAACCACCAUUUCCCAGGAAGAACUGAGAGAGAACAGCAUUGCUGCCCUCAGGGCCAAAGCUCAGGAGCACAGCACCAAAGUCCUGGGGACCAUCCCCGGAGAUCCUGCAACCCCAAUCAGGAAGCCAGAGAAAGAGGAAGAGGCGGCCACAGCAGAGGACCAACGGCAAAUGGAAAAAUCAGAUUUAUCACAAGAGGAAGAGAAGCUGAUUUAGAGGGAAGGGAACAAUGGGAAAUCAGCCAUCUUCUCAAAGACUAACUCUUCUAGGAGCCACAGCCUCCUCUCAGACCAACAGGGUUCCUCCUGCAGCCCCUACUAAACAUGGAGGGAGUCCCCCACUUGGUCUCUGUGGAUUUCAGGGAUCCACAGGCUCAGGCCACGUUCUUUCAGGUGUGUCUAGAGACUGAUUCCCCUCAGGAGCACAUUGCAUUUGCCCUUCCUGCCCUCAGGAGUGCUCUUGCUCUGCUCUCUUCUCCUUUCCCCAUUUUGGGGAGAGGAGGGUCAUAAACCACCACAAUAUUAGUCCCAGGAAGAAAAUUAAGCUAGCGAGGACAAUGAUUUCCUCAGUACCAGCCACUAAGCCAAUGUUGGGUCUUUUU